GCGAAGGAGAAGAAGAAGCCUGUGGCCCCAGCUUCCGAGCGGUUCGACUACAGCCGCACACAGGGGAUCAACAAGGACGAUCCCCGAGCCACGGGACCUCCAUGCCAUGGAGAACACACUCCUGCGAUGCCGGGACGCGGCUCGAACACAGGCAGCAACGCCCAUGCAACAUGGGUGGGAUGCUCGGAGUGUGGGAUUCGCCUGGGCUACACGCCGGCCUUCGGCGCACACGGCCUGACUCGACAAGCAGGACCACUUGUGGCCGAUACGACGACCCAGUUGGUGGAGAAGAAGCCGGACAAGGGCAGCAUCGAGUUGAAGGACAAGAAGAUAGGCUUGGAUGCAGCCGAAAGAUCCCUGGAGAAACGCAUGGAGACCAUCCGCAAGCAGAAGGAGCAAUGGCUGUCGACUCAGCAGCGCAAGGACAAGUUUGCGGCCGAGACAACCAAGGUCUCCCCAGGGAAGUCUUCGCAGGGCCAAAGCCCGGAACGCCCUAUGACGCCUUCACCACCUACGGCAGGGUAUGCUCAGGACCACACAAUGGCCCACACCGGCAGCAAGAAGAGUGCAAGAUUGCCGGAGAAGUCCGCGGAGGAGUACGAGAUCGCCACCCAGCCGGAGAACGAAGAGGAGGAGGAAUGGAGUCGAGUGACACCGGUGAGCCCCAGUUCCACGUGA